UUAGAUGCAGCCAGCGUGGGGUGCUGUGUGGAUCAGAGAGGUGUUUGCGGUCUCUGCAUAGAUUCAGAGGAGAAACCGGGUGAAGAGAAGGUGGAAAGGACAAUGCCGUUUCACAUCGUUUUUCAUUUCUUAUUUUUAUUAAAUGAGUCUUCGGUUAUAGGGAAUGCAGCGCAGAUUUAUCCUUUUUAGAUUAUUGACAUCGUUAUUUCGGAUUCAGCCCUCGUAUAGCUACGGACGCACCCCGCCACCGGCUCCUCACCCUUGGCAGCAUCUAUUUCAGGGAUACAUUAUAGCGCACUGUACAUUAAUGUUCUAACCAGCUUGUAAUGUAGGCCGCUCUGAUCAGGGCUAUUCACUGAUUUUUAAGCUAAUCUUUUUAAAUAAUUUCUACCGCCGGGCCAUCCUGUUGCCUUCGACUGAAUUUUAAAUGUUUCUCUGGAUGUGACGGUCCUCUGUAUUUUCUCUCUUUUUUUGGCCGCCGCAUGAAUUCUCCCACCGGAUCCACGUCGGUGUAUGCUGCUGCUGUCCUCCUCAUCCUCCUCCUCCUCCUCCGGCUGACUGUCGAAGAGGGCACUACCCUCAUUCCUGACGUUAAAGACAUUUUGAUCGUCCUCCCCGGUUCCCCCCACCCGGACAUCACACCACCUGCCUUCCCGUCCACCACCACCUCUUCCGUAACAUGUCGGGACAGUCUUUGACGGACCGGAUCGCCGCCGCGCAGCACAGCAUGACCGGGUCUGCCAUCAGCAAAGCCGUCUGCAAGGCCACGACGCAUGAAGUCAGCGGACCCAAGAAGAAACACCUUGACUACCUGAUCCAGUGUACCAAUGAGCUGAACGUCAACAUCCCCCACCUGGCAGACACACUGCUGGAGCGCACAGCUAGCAACAGCUGGAUUGUGGUUUUCAAAGCGCUCAUCACCACACACCACCUCAUGAUGUAUGGCAAUGAGAGAUUGAUGCAGUACCUUGCCUCCAGAAACACGCUCUUCAACCUCAACAACUUUCUAGAUAAGGCUGCAUUACAAGGAUAUAACAUGUCAACCUUCAUCAGACGCUACAGCCGCUACCUUAAUGAGAAAGCCAUGUCCUACAGGCUAGCAGCAAUGGACUUCACCAAGAUGAAGAGAGGGGCUGAUGGUGUGAUGCGCACUAUGAACACAGAGAAGCUGAUCAAGACUCUGCCCAUCAUUCAGAACCAGCUGGAUGCACUGCUGGAUUUCCAGCCAAACUCCAACGAGCUGACCAACGGGGUGAUCAACACAGCUUUCAUGUUGCUGUUUAAAGACUCCAUACGAUUGUUUGCUGCUUACAACGAGGGCGUCAUCAACAUGUUGGAGAAAUACUUUGACAUGAAGAAAAACCAGUGCAAAGAAGCUUUGGAGAUCUACAAGACCUUCCUCAACAGGAUGACCAAACUGUCUGAGUUUCUCAAAGUGGCAGAGCGAGUUGGGAUAGAUCAGGGCGACAGCCCCGAUCUCACACAGGCUCCCAGCUCUCUCCUGGAGGCUCUGGAGCAGCAUUUAGCUUCUCUAGAGGGCAGGAAGCUCAAGGACCUGUCCACUGCCAGCAGAUCCAGCACCUUGUCCAGUGCAGUGUCGUCUCUGUCCAGCACGGGGAUCUCUCUUAGCCGUAUGGAUGACAAGACAGAAGACAACAGACUUCAGCAACACAAGGAGGACGGUCAUAAGGUGAUCGACAUUCAGACGCCCAAUGUUUCACCCAGCACCCAGUCAGUGGGCAGUGCCAACAGUAGUGGAGGGGUCACAGAUCUUUUCUCCAACUCACCCAUCGUCCCCAUUAACAACCAUGUGCCAAAUUUCACCAGUGAGCUGUUCACCCUCCAGCCUAACUUCACCCCCAUCCAGACCACACACACUGUGCCCAAUAAUAACAAUGCCUGGGGAGGUGACUUGCUAAAGCCAUCCCCACCUACUCAGAUUCACAGCCCAGGAGUCCCAUUGCAUUCGGGGAAAAUGCUGCCCAGUGAUUUGGACUCUUCAUUAGCAAACCUGGUUGGCAACCUGCAGUUUGGGGGAACGCCAGCUAAAAAGCCAGAGUUCCAGUGGAGUCAGCUGGUAGAAAAGAAACCCACAGCAGGAAGUGGGUGGCAGUCAAAGACCAUGUGCACCAGUACCAACUGGACUCACACCACCCAUCCCAUGACACCUGCACCGAUGCCAGUCCCUCAGAUGAAUGGGAUGAUCUAUACUGGAUAUGCUCCAGCACCAGUGGCUUUUCCUAUGACGACACCCCAAGUGCCUGUGUAUGGAAUGCUCCCUCCUCAGAUGAGUCAUCAGAUGGGGGGCGUUCCCAUGAUGCCCCCACAGCCUGUCAUGUACAACCAGCCUGUCCUGAGACCCACCAAUCCGUUUGGACCUAUCCCGGGAACACAGAUGCACUUCAUGUAGGGGUGAUGAUGUAGCCAUGGCAGCAAAGCUGAGAGGAAAGAGGCAAGUGAAAGAAAUGGAGAGAAACCGUUGACGGCGUACACAAAUCCAGAACCAAAUUCAGUGCAGGAGGAAGAAAGAAGAGGGCAGAGAGGGAGAGGGAGGCGAGAGGACCAGAGGAUGGAUAAAAGAUGAAAUGCUGAUGUCAGUUUAAUGUCACAUAUUCCUCUAAUCUCUUCUUCUCUCUUCAUGCGGCUACUGAUCUCGCUGUGUUUGAACCUGUGAGUACAGUGCUGGGGCACCAGAGGCUCCGCAUCCGCCUCACUCAUCCUAUGUUUAAUUUGCCACUUCAGAUGGCAAUUAUGACCUACUGCUGACAAUACGACGACUGACAGCUAAAUGGAAGUUUUGAAGCAAUUUUGCCAUUUUCAGACUCCUACAUAAUUUCUUGAUAAAAGCUUAUCCAUGUCUCUCUCCACUCCACCACUGAGUCAAACUUGGAGGACACACGUCUCUUUCUCUGAUUGGAUCGUUUGCUGGCACUUUACUCAAUGUGAACUUUGCCAAGGGUGUGUUUCUGUGUAGGUGACUUUAGCACUUGUUCAGAUUGGUUCCUGGCUGCGUGUCAUCCAUGACCUGAUUUUUUAAGUUAAUAAUUUGAAUGCGUGCGUGCCCCUUUUUCUACAUUUUAGCGUGCUGCAUCAACAUUGAUUUCUCUUAAUGAACUCCAUUUGUUCUUAAAUGCGUAAAACAAUGAUUUGUGGGCAUGCUUGUGUGAUUGUAGAUGGGUGUAGCUGUCUAGAGUGUGAACUGUCUCUUUCGGUACCUGAUGUCAUUACUGUGUUGCCAGGUGCCAAUGUGUUACUGCACUGGAACUAACUGAUGAAAGCACUGAUCCAGACCUAGUUGUCACAUUUGGAUGUAAACAAACCUCUCACACCAACUUUGCUAAUUGGGGAUGUGCUGUACACUGUUUUUUCUUUCUUUUAGUUUUUUUUUUGUUUGUUUCCUUCUCUACAGCUGUGCAAUAUUGUGCAAUCUCAUAACUGUCUUUUUCACACAUCUGUAGCCUGUUUAGAGGCUUUUUUUCUGCUGUAGUGUUGUACUUUUUGGAUGUCCUUAUUGGGACAUUAAUGUAGAAAAUGCUUUUUACUUAUUUGGUUGUUUAUAACAUUCUGUUAUACCUGUACUGCUCUAAUAGUGAACAAUGCACUGAGAGGCACAUAAGAGAGGUGGGUAGAUAUAUGGAAAGUGAUUCUCUGUCUAACCAAUCAGAAACAGUAUGAUUUCCUUCCUGUCCUGGGCAUUUGUCCUAUCCAAAAUAAGCCUCCUGUCAAGUUAACUUAAUCUCAGAAAAACAAGAUUAGUGUAAUCACUAUAGUACAUGUCAAUCCAAAAACUAGAGGACUUUUAAACACUCUUAUUAUAGAAACGGAAACAUACAUCUAAACUUAGCAUUUAAGGACAGGACAGCUAUAGGUCAUUGAGAGAAGUCUGGUGAAUGCCAGAACCAUCGAAAAGUGACUAAGGGUAAUGUCUUUCGAUCUUGACCUGAGCAAUGCCUGUGGUGACAGAGUACAGAUUAAUUCAGACAGCCAGAGACUAGGAGGCUUUAAUGAGGCAUUAAAUGUUAAUUUUCCAACAGAUCCAAGGUCAAAUCAGACCCACAGUCCAAUGAUAUAUAUAUAAAUAUAUACACACACAUAUAUAUAGCACAAACCUUCGAAGAGGGGACAAUGCUCUGCUGCACAAAAACCUAAAAAUCAUUGCUGGGAUGUACAGUUGAAAGGGGCAAUAAUUGAUUGGGGAUGAAGUCGUUUUCUAUUGAUUGUGUCUGUUCUAUGUACAUGUACUGUAUGUGUUUGUGUGCACAUGCCUUCACAUAGAGAUAAACAGGGUCAUGUUACUCGGUUAGAGAUUGAAAGUCUCUAAGUGAGUUGGUAGCGUGUACUAACUUAGCAUAGUGUUUUUGUGACUGUGUCCGAGUCUGUACAACACAUCAAUUUAAGGUGGCUUAAGGAUUACUCAUCUGCUAAAAAAAAAAAAACAAGGCUUGGAGUCAAAAGUGCAUCUGAGCCGAACCUCUCCUGAAGAAUGAAGGUGCGCAAGCUGGUGAUUUCUAACAAAAAGCAUCUAAAAAUUGCAACUUUAUGUUGGUGUGUUGUUGUGAUUCAUGACUGAACUGCAACUGAUGGCUACCCAAACAACAGACUCCCUGCAGCUACAACUCUACCAGCAGAGAGACGCUUGUGUUAGAAAUCAUCACCGAGCAGGCAGAUAUUCUCCGAGGUGUCACCUUUCAAUGAACAUCUAACUAAGAGGUCAACUUUUGUUUAACUCUUCUCCAUUAUUCCUUGUUCCAGUGGUUUGUCUUUCUCUGUCAGCUGAAUGCUUUCAUCACUCGGCACUUCAGUUCCACUAUAGAGCUCAAUCCAUCCUGGGCCAACCUCUGACUGUUACCGUGUCCCCUCUGUAUAUAGGUAAUGCUGUUCAUGUGUUUUUAGACGUGCUCUCUGUAAAGUGAUUGAAGCCCCAUUGGAUGACUUACUGUACGUGGGAAAUUUUAUUGCUGUAUCUGUGUUUGAAUGGUUGUAAUUAGAAGGUGUCAUCAUCCAGGGAUGGGUGGGUGGGCAGGGUUGAUGUUUGUGUCCAUCACAAGGAGGAAGUGGGUGGGGUUGGGAGGGCCGGGGUGGGUCAGUGGUAAACUAUCACAACUGGUCUAUACCAAGAGUGUCUUCAUCAAGGAAGUGGACAGGACAGGGUCUGUCCUCUUCAAAACAGGAACAUUUUUUUGCACCAAAGUCAUCAUCAAAGCGCAGCUUCUUCUUAUUCAAGGUCACGAAGGAUGGAUGAUAUCAGAACUACAAAGAUAUUUUUUUUGUUUUAUUAUUUUCAACAGACAAAGAAACUGUCUCUUUUGCAUGAUUAAGUGUCGUCUUUUUAUUGGCUCGUGUGCCCGGUAAAAGCAUGACCAUUGUGUGAACUCUCUCUUACCGGUGUGUUUGGAAAAAUGUUAAGGAAAUUUCUCCAUGAGAUUUUUUUUUUUACUUACCUCUUGACAUGAACAUUCAUUGACAUUCAUAAUCAGCUGUUUUACAACGUAGGGUCUGUAACUGUUUGAAGGCUGCCUUGCAUGGAGAAACGCAACUUGCAAGUAACCCAUCAAACUUCAAACCCAGUUACCAUAACUGCAUCUCUGUAAAACACCAUGGAUGUCAAUGCCGGUUAUCACCUAGCUAGCUAAACAUUGCAGUCUUGUAAAAAAAAAAACAACAAAAAAAAACAAAACAAAACAAAAAAAAUCGCUCUUUAUUAAAGCGUUGUUAUUUUCAA